AUCUGUCUUAAAGAGCCGAUUUACUAAGUGAAUCAGAUUCUUAUCGCUACCGUAGGACACGCACAACAACAGCAACUUCAUAAGACAUGAAAUAUCCGUAACAUUUACCAGCGCGCAUGACCAGAGCAUGUUUGCCGAUGUAAUGUAGCCUAUUAGACACCAAAACCAUAUAGCAUCAGAUAUUUUUUCUGCAUAAGAAGCAUUUGAAAUGGUGUCCUACGAGAGACUCACCCCCGAGGAGGUUCACUUCUCCGGAGCUGCAUUAUUGGAUAAUGACGAGUCGACAGACGCAGAUCUAAAAGAGGGGGACCCAGAGCUGCCUCUGCUGCCCCAGAGCCCUCGCUGCUCCAUCACUGCCGCCCUGCUGACCCUCGGGGGGCUCAUUGUUGUCCUCUCUGCCGUCUGGCUCCUCGGGACCUUAUUUUGGAUCCACAAUCCACCCUCUACAGAAUCCCAUAGGCCCCCUUCACCCAAAAGCCAAAACGGAACAGGGCUGCAGCCGGAGUCCUGCUCUCAGGUGCCUGAAGGGUGGAGGUUUGACUGCUAUCCUGAAAGAAAUGUGGUGGUGACGGAGGACAUGUGCCAUGCUAGAAACUGCUGCUUUAUUCAGAGCUCACGGGGCAAUGUUUCGGCACAGAAUGGAGUGCCAUGGUGUUUUUACACUCCUGAUUAUCCGUCCUAUGAGCUAAUGUCUAUUGUUGAUACGGAGAUGGGCAAGGUGGGAAAGCUGCUCAGGAAUAAGAAGACAUACUAUCCCAAAGACAUCGAUGCUCUUCAGCUGGAGGUGCUGUUUGAGGAGGACCACAGGCUGCGUGUGAAGAUAACAGACCCGACUGAAAAGAGGUACGAGGUGCCUAUAGAUGUCCCUGUGGUUCAUAAAAGAGCCUCAAACCCCUCGUACACUGUAGACUUCAUCAAAGAGCCGUUUGGACUGAUAGUCAAGAGAACGCAGACUGGAGCUGUACUGCUGAACACAUCCAUCGCUCCUCUCUUCUACGCGGAUCAGUUCCUCCAGAUGUCCUCAUCUCUACCCACACGUUUCAUCUACGGACUGGGUGAACAUCGCUCCAACUUUCUGCAUGAUGUCCAGUGGAACACUCUCACCAUGUGGGCUCGAGAUGUUCCUCCAAUGGAGCUCACCAACCUCUAUGGUGUCCACCCUUUUUAUCUUUCCAUGGAAUCUGAUGGAAAUGCACAUGGAUUUUUCAUGCUCAACAGUAAUGCAAUGGAUGUGGUUUUGCAGCCUGCACCAGCUGUUACCUGGCGUAUGAUUGGUGGGAUCCUCGACUUUUACAUUUUCUUAGGCCCGGAUCCUAGCUCUGUGAUUGGACAGUAUCUGGAUGUUGUAGGAAAGCCUGCUAUGCCCAUCUACUGGGCUCUUGGGUAUCAUCUGUGCCGAUGGGGCUACAAGACAAGCAACAAAACCUGGAGUGUUGUAAAAGAAAUGCGGAAUUAUGGGAUACCUCAGGAUGUUCAGUGGAACGAUAUUGACUACAUGGAUAGAAGUCUAGACUUCACUUACGACCCUUCAGGCUUUUCCACCCUUCCAGACCUGGUGAAAGACCUUCAACGACACGAUCAACACUAUGUCAUGAUUCUGGAUCCUGGAAUUAGUAACUCUCAGCCACCUGGCUCUUACUGGCCGUUUGAUGAGGGUAAGAAGAAGGGCAUCUUCAUCAAUGACUCAAAUGGAGACAUCCUUAUUGGAAAGGUUUGGCCAGGACUAACUGCUUUUCCAGAUUUCUCCAAUCCGGACACUCAUGAAUGGUGGUACCAGAAUCUGCAGAGAUUUCAUAACAAAGUGCCAUUCGAUGGCGUGUGGAUUGACAUGAAUGAGCCGUCUAACUUUUUUGAUGGGUCACUGAAUGGUUGUCCAGACAAUGAACUGGAAAAUCCUCCCUACACACCAGGUAUUCUGGGUGGUACAUUGAAGGGCAAGACUGUGUGUGCAUCUGCACGUCAGAAGAUCUCUGUUCACUAUAACAUACACAGUCUGUAUGGACUCAUGGAGGCACAGGCUACUGAAAGUGCUUUGAGGAGGAUCACAAAGAAGCGUCCCUUCAUUAUUUCCCGCUCUACGUUUCCCAGUCAGGGCAAGUAUUCAGGCCACUGGCUCGGAGACAACAGGAGCCAGUGGAAAGAUCUGGCCACAUCUAUACCAGGUAUGCUGACAUUUAACAUCCUGGGCAUUCCUCUGAUUGGAGCAGACAUUUGUGGGUUUGGCGGCAGCACUACAGAAGAGCUGUGUGUGCGAUGGACGCAGCUCGGAGCUUUUUACCCUUUCACAAGAAACCACAACUCCAUUGAUGAACAGGAUCAGGAACCAACUGCAUUCAGUCCUGCAGCUCGUACGGCAAUGAAAGAAGCCAUCCUUCUUCGCUAUUCCCUGUUCCCACAUCUCUACACACUCUUCCAUCACGCACACGUCAGCGGACACACGGUCGCCACACCACUGCUUUUCCAGUUCCCUACUGAUGAAAAGACGUAUGGGAUUGAUAAACAGUUCCUAUGGGGGAAGAGUUUGCUUGUCACACCGGUUUUGGAUGCAGGGCGAGAUUAUGUUGUGGGAUAUUUCCCUAAAGGUCUCUGGUAUGACUUUCACACGGGGAACUCAUUGAUAAGCAGUGGAGAAGAAAUCAAGCUUGAGGCUCCAGCAGACAAAAUCAACCUGCAUCUCAGAGAGGGAUCAGUCAUACCUACACAGAGACCGAACACCACAUUAUGGGUGAGCAGCGGUCAGCCUCUUCAUCUGAUUGUGAGUCUGAGCGAGGACGGCCGGGCCAAGGGUGAUCUGUACUGGGAUGAUGGAGAGACCAUUGACUCGUAUGAGAGCAAUCAAUACGCUUACAUCUAUUUCACAGUAGAACAGAACACAAUGAUGUCAGAGGUGCUGCAUAAUCAUGAGGAGGCCACUUACAUCACUGUGGAGACCGCCUCCUUUUAUGGAGUGAAGGCGAAGCCAGAAAAUGUCACCGUGAAUUCGCAGGAGGCGGCGUUCACUUACCUUGACAAUCAGGUGCUGACGGUAACAGACCUGGGUCUGAACCUCAGUCAUAACUUCACAAUCAGUUGGAUGUAAAAUGUGAAAAAUCAUCAAAGGCGUUUCAUAAUCACAAACUGCUGCAGGAAUUAAAAUCUUUAUCUCAAUACUUGGGCCGGUGUAUUUCAGGUUCAUGCCUGAGAUUAAACAUGAACUGGAGAAAUAUGACAGGUUAUUGAUUGUAUGCUGAAUUUCUCAUGUGAAGAGAUUAUUGCACUCAGAGGAGGUGAAACCAGAGAGACUUGAUUAAAUGCAUUAGUUUGAUUUGUUGAGUGGAUAGACACUAGAUUUUUAUAUUUGCUAUUAUAUUACUGCCUGUUAUUGCUGAUAUAGUUUCUAGAACAAACAAAAAAAGGUAUUCUGUCCAUUUUAAGUAUUUUAAUGUUGAAUAAAGUUCCUUGUAUUAACGUAAACUUAUGCCACACCAUCAAAAUAUUAAUCAAGUUCAAUAUAAAAGGGUUAGUUCACCUCAAAAUCUAAGUUGACUCACUAUUUACUCAUCCUAAAGCAGGGGUGUCCAAACUCGGUUCUGGAGACCCGGUGUCUUGGAAAAUGUAUCUCCAACUUGCUUCUACACACCUGUCAGGAAGUUUCUAGUAUAUCCAAGCGCUUGAUUAGCUGGUCCAGGAGUGUUUGAUUAGGGUUGGAGCUAAACUCUCCUGGACACCGGCCCUCCGGGACAAAGUUUGGACACCCCUGUCCUAAAGCAUAGGUCUCAAUCUGGAUUCCUGGAGGGCCGCAGCUCUACAUAGUUUUUCUCCAACCUUAAUCAAACACAGUUGAUCCAAAUAAUCGAGGUGUACAAAAGAGUCUUGAACAACUUGAUUAGUUGAAUAAGCUGCGUUUAAUUAGGGCUGGAGCAAAACUGUGCCGAGCUGCGGCCCUCCAGGAAUCCAGUUUGAGACCUAUGUCCUACAGUGUUUUCAAACCUUUAUGAGUUUCUUCCUUCUGUCAAACAUAUAAGAAGAUAUUUUGAAGAAUGCUGGAAACCUGUAACCAUUGACUUCCCUAGUAGGAAAACAUAUACUAUGGAAGUCAAUGGUUACAGGUUUUACUACAUUCUUCAAAAUAUCUUCUUUUGUGUUAGACUGAAGAAAGAAACUCAUACAUGCUUGAAAUGAGAGUAAAUGAUGGUUUUUGGAUAAACUAUCCCUUUAAUUUUGAACAUUUUUAUAAGAAUGCAUUGGACCAUCACAGCAGAUUUCGUCCAAAUGAUGUCUUUACAUUGAACCGCAUAUAUGUAUAUUUUGUUUACAAGCGGGUUUGCACUGUUCAUUCGGAUGUUGCAGAAAUGCAUGUUAAGAGCUUUAGUUAGCAAGCAUUAUUUAAGUUGACAGGCUUGUAUUUAACAGUACGAUCAGUCAGUCUGAAUGCGUUCUGUUCAAUCGUGUGGUGUGAAACCAUCAAAGCAAAUCACUGUACAGUAUUCAUCAGAGGCAUAAUUCUGCAGUAUUUUGUAAAUUGCUACCACAUGCUGUCAACGUUGUUGUUUCUAACAUGACAUUGUGCCUUAUAUUUCAUCAAAGCUGUGAUUUUCAACAUUCAGUGGCUUCACUGUGAAUGUAUAAAACCCUCUGUUAUAAAAAAAACAAUGGGCUGCUUUACAACUUUUAUCAAAAUGUAAUGGAAAAAUCCAAUGACAAUGCUGAAGCUGAAGUAUAUAUAUGAGGCUGUUGGAGGCUUCUUUUCUUGAAAUGACUCUAGAGAAACUGCUGUACAGUGUUUGGGAGGACAUACAGGGUAGUGUGCAAUAAAAUAAAAAGGUGAAAAAAAGUGUU